GCCGGGGGUUGCUAUAUAAGUCAGGGGUGGAGCUUGGGUGCGUUCUGAGGGGAGCGAGCGGAUCAAUCAAUGGAGAGGGGGGUUAAGAUGGAGGAGAGGUACGAGCCCCUGAAGGAGUUGGGUGCUGGCAAUUUUGGGGUUGCGAGGUUGGUGAGAGAUAGGAGGAGCAAGGAGCUGCUUGCUGUCAAGUACAUUGAAAGAGGCCGAAAGAUUGAUGAGAACGUGAUGAGAGAGAUCAUUAAUCACAGUUCACUAAGACAUCCCAAUAUUAUCCGGUUCAAAGAGGUAUUACUAACACAAACACAUCUUGCUAUUGUCAUGGAAUAUGCUGCUGGUGGAGAACUCUUUGAUAGAAUCUGCAUGGCUGGUCGAUUCAGCGAGGACGAGGCAAGGUAUUUCUUUCAGCAGCUAAUAUCAGGAGUGAGUUACUGCCAUUUGAUGGAAAUAUGUCACCGUGAUCUCAAACUGGAAAACACGCUUUUGGAUGGAAGUCCAAUUCCCCGUCUUAAGAUCUGUGAUUUUGGUUACUCUAAGUCUGGUUUAUUACACUCACAGCCAAAAUCUACAGUAGGAACUCCAGCCUACAUAGCGCCAGAGGUUCUCUCUAGGAGGGAGUACAAUGGCAAGAUUGCAGAUGUUUGGUCUUGCGGUGUCACAUUAUAUGUGAUGUUGGUGGGAGCUUACCCUUUCGAGGACACCAUGGAUCCUAGGAAUUUUAGAAAGACAAUAAACCGAAUAAUGAGUGUUCAGUACUACAUCCCGGAUUAUGUAAGAGUCUCUCCAGGUUGCAGGCACCUUCUCUCUCGAAUUUUUGUAGCCAAUCCCUACAAGAGAAUAACCAUCCCUGAGAUAAAGCAACAUCCCUGGUUCUUAAAAAACAUGCCAAGAGAGCUCGUCGAGGGCGAAAGAACACGAUACCAAUCAUUAGUGGAGCGUAAUAAGCUUAAUCAGACACUGGGGGAAAUUAUGAGGAUUAUAGAAGAGGCAAGAAAGCCAGCAGCAAUUCCUCACGCUCUUCAGAAGCCAGCAAUGAUACCUGAAAAAGUAGAAGACUCUGAUUCUGAUGUUGAUACUGAAGAUGUGGAAACAAGUGGAGAUUUCCUUGAUAUAGAGUUCUGUGAUGCUCAGUAGAAGAUAUUUCACAAAGUUUUUACUGAGGUUGUGGCUGUAAAUUUUGCUAUGUUUCUCUAUGAGGAAGUAUUACUAUGCCUGUUAUUGAGAACCUUGUAUGGUGCAUAAAAAUGCGCCUAGUAGAAAGGUUUUAGUUAAGAGUAUUUAAUGGACUAUCGAGUUUAAUUGGUAUAUAUGAAGAGCUUAAUUAAGGUUCUAA